UUUAACAUCUCUUUUUGCAUAGAUGAAGGAAUAAUGUAUAUGCCACAAAAACUAAUAAAUUUGGCAUAAAAUUUUGGUUUUUAACUGUGUAAAGAUAAAAUACCUAAUAAAUGUAUAUCCUUAUUUGGGAGAAGAUGAAAGCAGAUCACUUAAAGAAAUUGUUGGCAAGCCUGCCAUUUGUCAGUUAAUUGAAUCCUUUUAUAACACUAGGAAACAUGUUACUACAAACAAACAUUCUCUAUACUUCUUUAAAUUGUGUAAAAAAUUCGAGAAGUAAAGGAAUUAGGAAGUUCUGAGAAUUUUUGUGCAAAAGAUUUUGUAUUGCAUUCUUGGUGGGUCCAAGUUAACGGAUCAUGGAGAUCUAAUUUAGAACUCUAGAAUUUACAAACAACCUGAUAUUGUAAAAUUCAUCAAAUUACAGAGACUUAAAUGAGCUGGCCAUCUGGCUAGAAUGAAUGGAGAUUGUUGCUGCAAGAAAAUUUUUCUGGCAAAGCCCAUGGGAAAAAGACUUCGGGGCAGACCCCUGCUGAUGUGUAUUGAUUUGUGUUGAAAAAGAUCUUAGUAUUUUAAAGGUUAAAAACUGGAAAACAAUUGCCAAAAGUAGAGAGGCCUGGAGAAGGCCAGGGUCUACCCACGGCUGUUGAGCCGUUGAAGAAGAGGAAGAAAAAGGGAAUUCGUUAAACUGGUGCAGCAACUGUGGUUAAAAAAAAAAAAAAAAAAAAAAAAAAAAAAAAAAUUCUUUAUAGAAUAUGAAAGAGGAAUUAUUUUUUAGUAAAACUGUCAAGCACAAUAAUUUCUCAUCUCUCAUGUUUUACCAGGGAUAAACGAACAAGAUUGUCAUCAUGAAUUCACUUCAUCCAACUCUGAAAGUUGCGUCAUAGGAGAAAAAGUACUUGAGGUUGUGCGUCUUUACAGUGCAACAAUUGUGUAAUUGAUGUUUUGGAUCAAAUGACCCAAAAUAUUUUAUGAAACAGCGUAAGAACUAAAACUAAGUGUUUGUCUAAGUUGCUAUAAAUAUUGCUGUGAGCUUGUAGUGUGAUGCAGUCUGCCAACCCACAGGUUCUGUUUGUAUUACAAAUUCUGCAAUGUGUCUACAUAGUGGGGUUGUCAAAGGAUUCCUCAUAGAAAUCUUCUUAUUGCUAUCAUGCCCCCAAAUGGCAAUAAAAGACUUGCAUUGUAAGAAAUGUGGGUAAUGUUUCAGAGGAGAAAUAUCUGAAUGUGGUAGUAAAUUAAACUUAUCAGAGAAUAAUGAUGAUUGCAAAAGUAAUGAAAAUUUAGCUGAGAGUAAACAUAUAUUUGUAUAGAAAGAAUAGCUGCAUGAGUUGCAUUUCGGAAGUUUGUCUCAUGACGUGCACAACAUAAUUGUAGAAGCGAAAGUUUUAAAAGAGCUUGGAGGAAAAGCAGACUCAUCUUCUGUAUGAUAGUUAGUAUUAUAUCAUGCAUCAUUACUAUAAGAAAGAUAAGGUAACAGAAGAAAAUUCAUGCAUUUGUAAAAACAUUAACAUCCAGACUGGUCCAAGAUCAUAUGACAAAACAACUUCAGUAUCUUUGCCUACUUUAUAAAUUAUGCUUCAAAAUAAUUUGUUUCUGUGAACCAUAGGAAAAUUUUGACAUCAGUAGAUAACAGUUUAGUUCUUCAAAAAUGUAAAAUCUUUUUUUUUUUUUUUUUGGUAUCCCCAAAGACCAGAUAGAAUGAAACAGUUCCUCUAUUUACUCUGCAGGGAACCAAUGUGCUGAAAAUAUUUAAAACCUAAAUACAAGAAUUGUACACAAAAUGCAGAAAUUAAAGCAUACUGCAAUUACUAUUUUGAAGUAAUUUUAGGUUUUUACCCCACAAAUAAUGUAUUUGAUCUCUCAUUACUUUGGUUUUAAAUUAUUAAUUUCUAUUAAUAUUAACUUUUGUGGUGUUCUAUUUUUUAUUUAAAUAACUGCAUGCAAAUUUAGCAGUUUUUGCAUUUGGGCUUUUAUAUCCUGAUUUACAGAAACUUUUUUUGGUGGGGGGGUUAAGGAGGAGAAAUCUACACCUCUUUAUGCAUCAGUAAAAAGAAGAAUAAAUAUUUAAGUUCAUCUUAUGACCAGAUGUAAAUUUUAAUAAUAUUUUUUUCUUUCUUUCAUUUUAGACUUUUAAAACAGCAGUUUCACAGAUGGCGAAUUCCCCUUUAUUCAUUACAAGUUCAUGCGACCAGUUAGAGGUUAAAUGAUAGAGGAAUUUAAAAAUUAUAUUCUUAAGCGUAAUGAUUGCUAAAGAAUUACCUUUUAAAAUUUGAAAUAUUAGACACUAAAAAAAAAAAAAAAAAAAGAUUAAUAGAAUUCCCUAUAAAAUUCAAAACAGUAAGUUAUGCAAAUUGUGUAAACUUUUAUAAAUUUUGAAAUAUCCUAAGGCAAUAUUGCUAGAAGGAAGUGACAUACAUGGCAGUGAUUAAUUGGUAUUGACAAUGAUAAUAUGAAGCUAAAAGCAGCAGCACCAAACAUUUGAAAAUGUGCAGUAUGAGUUAAAGUGGUUAUUCCAAUUCAGAUUUUUUUUGGUGUAUCUGUCUGCGUGUGUGGAGGGACUGGCUUAUUAAAUGUAACAGUACACUUAAGGGCUAUCACUCUGAGGGAGAAAUGCUUUUAUAGAAGAUUUUCUGAAAGAAGCUGGCUUGUAUUUGUAUUGCAUAUGGGGGAGUGACAUGGAAUUUCUUCACAGUAGUCAUUUGAGCUGCUAGGAAGCCAGAAUAAAGUAUACAUUAUAAUUUAGAGGAGGUCUUUAUGGCAUCAUCUGACAUUAGCUCUAACUCGGUGCUUACACUGCCAGAAAAAUGUGUUUACAAUGCUUCAGUUCACGUGAGAAUGGGUUUUAUUCGAAGAACCUUUGGAAUUUUUACUUUCCAUUAUUUUAUAACAUCAGUAAUAACAUCUGGAAUUAUUCUUUUCCCUCUUGUGCGUUUCUAUGUGAAUGAAAACACCUGGUUGAUCAUGAUCACAUUUCCUUUAUUUAUGGUGUCAUAUUUUGUUCUUCUGUUGAAACGUGAGGAAAAAGUCAUAAACUUCAUUCUUCUAAUUUUACAUAUUGCAGUUCAAGCUGCUUUAAUUGCAAUUAUUGUUACCUGGAAUGAUUCAUUUGCUGCUUUGCAGGCAUUUGAAAUAUCUGCAUUUCUUUACUUUGUGGUGUUUCUGUUCACUUUCCAGUUCAAAACAGAUUACAACUCGUUACUUAUUUUCAUCAUUUGCUUAAUCUUGAUAUUUCCAGCUGCUGGAUCACUUCAGGCAUUUUUGGGCACUACAGAAGAAGAAGUGAUACUAUCUGUUGUUAUUUCUAUUGUUUUGCUGUUUUUUCAUAUAUAUGGUAUUAACAAGAUUAUGAAAUGGCAGUCUCCAGAUGAAUAUAUUCUUGCUGUCAUUAAUUUAUAUCUGCUACCAUUUAAAGUAUUUGGGCUCAACUGAUUUGCCAUUUUUGUUAUGUAAGUUUCAUUAACCAUUAUUUUGAAAUUGUUUUAGUGUAUGAUGUUCAGAGGAAUGUGAAGUGCCAAUCUCCUCAUGAAUGCAUUCUUGCUAUUAUAAAUCUAUGUACACCGUGCAAAAUUUUUACUUGAUUGAAUGUAAACUCCUUUUCUGAAUCUUAAUACAUUUUGUAACUUAUUUAUAAAGGCUAUAACUUGUUUUCAUGCCCAAACAAUUAUUUGAAAAUUAUGUUAAUGCUUAUUAAAAAUCAGUUUAGCUUCUUAUUUAUGUAAAAUAUUUAUUUGGAAGUUUAUAAAUUAAUGCAUUUAUUGAAAUUUAAAAUAAUUAUAA